UUAACUCACACAUAAAGAGUUUCAUUAGGAGUUCAGGAUCAAUCUCUACACACCACUGUCAGAGGUCUGGAGCAUCUGAGGUGUGGACAUCUUCAGAAAGACAGUCAAACAUUCAGAGAUGAAUUUCAGAUUCCAGAUUCCUGCUCAGAUUGCCACUUUAUUUCUGCUACAACACUCCUUCACAGUUGAGGCAUUAGGAGUACCUGGAUCGAGAUGCCUGUGCCCUGUAUCUGUUAAAGCCGUACGUCCGAAGAUCAUCAAGAACUUCCAUAUAAUUCCAAAAUCAACUGAUUGCAGCAAGACUGAAGUUAUAUUAACCGUGACUCAAGGAAACAAAGAAAUGGAUGUCUGUGUGUGUCCAGACAAGAGGCAGGGCAUCAAACUGCAGAGGUGUUGGGAAAGAAUUCAGAAUGAUCCAAAGAAGAAGAACAAAUGUAUUUGGAGACUAUCAAAGAAAGGUCGAAAGGGGAGGAGGAGGAGGAGGAAGGGACGCAGAGGUGGAAAUCCACAGUCGACGCAUCAACUGCUUUAACUCUUUCCCAUCACACAGAUUGUUCUCAUCCAACACGUGUGACAGGUGGUGUCGACGCACGAAGCCACUCUGACUCCUAACACUGCUAACGAUGCCCAGUUCUGCUGUGCAGAUGAAUGCUGUUGGCCUUUGAUCAUUAAACCAUUCUUGCCCACUUGGUAACCUCAUUCACAACAUUAGCUUUAGAAUACAGUCUAUAAAACUAACCAAAAUGCAAGCCAUCCUUCACCUUGGUGAAUCAGACAUUGUAUAUACAAACUACCCACUGGUCAUAAUUUCAAACUGGCAAAAUAGUUUAGAUAUGGUUCUAGAGGAACCAACCUUGUGUGAUGGCAAAUGUGGUCUGUUCCACAUAGUUUUAAGAUUGCACACAUGGACAAACCAGAGAUAGAAUGGAAUACGCUCACUUUAUGUGCAUUUUCGAUCCCUGACUUGGAUUAUGGGCUGACCUGUUCCCAACACCGUUCUGAAAUGGUCACCAGUCAUGUAUAGUGGUUGUCUCCAGACAUUCCCACCACUGUGAUGAACAACUGACCAAAGAAUUGUGGUGAAAUUUGCCAACUAAAGCAGUCAAACACCACAUCUCCUUGCAGGAGUGCUGCAAGGGGUUCCAUCUCCUGUAGCUACAAGUGGGUCACCUAUCAUCUAAUGUAGCACAGAAAUACACGGCUAAACCCACAGGUUUACAGGAUAUUCAUUUUGUAAAUCUAUUUUGUUUCAUAAAAUGACUGAUGCUUUUGUUAUUUGACAAUAUGAUUAGUUUAGUAACUGAUUCCAAGAAAUGUACAAUUGUCUUUUAUAUAUUAGGAUUAAAAUUAAAUUAGAAGUUCAUGGUCACAUAAUAAAAAUAUAAAAAGCAAGAGUAAA